GCCAGUCCUUGGUGGGAGGUGAAGGGUGACUGCAAGCUGGCACCUGGAAUGAGGUAUGUGACAAGAAUACAGACCCCUUGUGAGGGUCAAGGGAGCCCUAUUAGGGCAGAGUCCUCAUCAGACAGCAAUGCAGGAUUGAAGGGCAACCCAUGUAAACAGGUUGAUAACCCCGGAUACGACAGGAGCCAGUGGAAGAAAGAUUCUCUCAAUUCAGGAUUUGAAAGUAUGUCAUGAACACAAAUAAAGGUUGAAAACCGCAGGCCUACCAUGAGAUAGGAAAAAAGGGAUCAAAAGCAAUAGGGAAAGUUGUCAGUUCAAUACAUUAGCGAUAGAGAUGAAGGAAGAGAGACAGCGUGACGACGGAGUGACCUUUUGAAGCGAAGAGGUGACUUCAGGGAGCUCUCAGAGCUGAUCUCCAUCCUCGCAGUAGGAAGUAAAAUCACCUGUUAACGAAAAUGGGUAACAUCUGCCACCGUGGACCAGAGACUGUGCCAAGUGACUCAUAUAUGUAAGCUUGUUUAAUCUCCACAACAAUUCCGAUGAGUAGGGACUAUUAUUGUCUUAGUUUAACCAGUGAGAAAACUGAUGCUCAGGGAAGUUGUGUAGUGGACUCGGGUGAAAGGGCCGGGACAGGAGGAGGUGGUCUCUCGCCAGGCGAGAUGCAGUGUGGGGAGAGUGGAGUGGGCUUAGUUCAGCCGUGGAUGUUCUGGGAACGACCACAGCUGAACAAAGGCAACAUGAGAUGGAGACUUCCCCUGGCGAGGACAGAAAUGGGGACACUAGGGCCUGGCCAGUGUGGAGCACAGUUCAAGGAUGGGGACAAUGAGCUGCAGCAUGAGGCACAGUUCAAGGUUGAGGAAAAUGAGUUCCAGUGUGGAGCGCAAGGUUGGGGACAAUGAGUUCCAGCAUGAGGCACAGUUCAAGGUUGAGGAAAAUGAGUUCCAGUGUGGAGCGCAAGGUUGAGGACAAUGAGCUGCAGCAUGGUUUCAAGGGCACUGGUGAACUGUCUGGGAAAGAAGGAAGGUGAGGCUCAGAGGAAUUGUUUAACGGGGACCACAGACAGGGUGAUCCAUUGCUGCAGAGGGAAGAAAAGGAGAGAGUUGUUCUGGAUGGGAGUUACCGUGGAGACAAGUGGGGACACCUGGCCCUGGUCCAAUGACAGGCAGAGCUUCUGUGUAAAAACAAAGCCAACAGAAUGAUGCAUUAGAUUGAGGGGUGUGUGUUCAAAUUCUGCUUCUGUGUUCUGCUGGCAGAUCCAUUUUCCUUUCGAACAUUUUUGCACCGUCAUCCACAGGGGAGGGGCAUCCUGACUGGACAGUGGUAGGAAAACAGCCACAGGAGGUUCUUGGUCCAGUAGAAAGAGCUGUAAACACUCCCAGUGGGCAGGGGACGGAAGGGCACUAAGUGACACUCAUCAGGAAAAUCCAGGAGGUGCCAGCUUCCUGCACGCUGCUGCGUGGACCUGGCAGAUACUGACUCCCACGCAGGAAAAAGGAAGCACCUUUUGUCGGAUGCUGUGGCCACUUCCUCUUCAGAAGUCUCCAGCCAAUCUUUCGCUUUGCAGAAUGAGGGGGCCGACCCCAGCUGCCGGACUGCGUGUGCACUGGGCCGCUGGCUCUCGCCUCCUUCCAGGGCUCGUCCGGCCGCAUCGGCAGCAGGCAGCUCUCUGGGUCAUAGGGGACUUUCUCUGAUACAGAUCUGGACCUUUGAGCUGGACCUGGCUGGGGCCCCAGCCACCUCUCGGCCCCCUCGGGGGUUCCGCUCUGGCCUCUCCACCCACUUUUUGCACACUGCUUCAUAUCUCUCAGUCAGUCUGCCUGUCUGUUACUCUCCAUAGCUCGGUCCCGGAGCGUGAUGACCGGUGAGCAGAUGGCAGCCUUUCACCCGUCGUCCACCCCCAACCCACUGGAAAGGCCAAUCAAGAUGGGCUGGCUGAAGAAGCAGAGGUCCAUCGUGAAAAACUGGCAGCUGAGGUACUUCGUGCUGAGGGCACAGCAGCUCUACUACUACAAGGACGAAGAGGACGUGAAGCCACAGGGUUGUAUGUAUCUGCCAGGAAGUAUGAUCAAGGAGAUUGCCACAAACCCAGAAGAAGCGGGGAAGUUUGUCUUUGAAGUCAUUCCAGCCUCAUGGGACCAGAGUCGCAUGGGACCGGACUCCUAUGUCCUCAUGGCCAGCUCCCAGGCGGAGAUGGAGGAGUGGGUUAAAUUCCUUAGGAGAGUCGCUGGCAUACCCUCUGGAGCUGUGUUUGGCCAGCGUUUGGAUGAGACCGUGGCCUAUGAGCAGAAAUUUGGCCCCCACCUGGUGCCCAUCCUCAUAGAGAAGUGUGCAGAGUUCAUCCUUGAGCACGGCUUGAAUGAAGAGGGCAUCUUCCGACUGCCUGGGCAGGACAACCUGGUGAAGCAGCUCAGAGAUGCGUUUGAUGCAGGCGAGAGACCCUCCUUUGACAGAGAUACAGAUGUGCACACGGUGGCCUCCCUGUUAAAGCUCUACCUCCGAGACCUCCCAGAGCCGGUGGUGCCCUGGAAACAGUAUGAGGGGUUCCUGCUCUGCGGGCAGCUCAUGAAUGCAGACGAGGCAAAGGCUCAGCAGGAGUUGAAGAAACAACUUUCCAUUCUUCCUCGAGAAAACUACAGCCUUCUGAGCUACAUCUGCAGGUUCCUCCAUGAAAUCCAGCUGAACUGUGCUGUUAACAAGAUGAGCGUGGAUAAUCUGGCCACUGUGAUUGGUGUGAAUCUCAUCAGGUCAAAGGUAGAAGACCCUGCUGUGAUAAUGAGAGGGACUCCUCAAACCCAAAGAGUGAUGACCAUGAUGAUCAGAGAUCAUGAAGUCCUCUUCCCCAAGUCCAAAGAUGCACCUCUGUCAUCCCCACCCCCCAAAAAUGACCCCAAGAAACCUCCAGUGGCUCGGAGCUCUGUGGGCUGGGAUGCCUCUGAAGACCCCCCAAUUUCUAGGACAGACAGUUUCAAUAACACGGCCAGUGACUCGGAAGCAGCCAGCCCCACUGAGCAACAGCCCAGCGAUGCGUGUCUGGACAACAGCAGCAAAGCCCCCAUGGAAAAGCCAGGAGACUGGAAGCUGCAAUCACGAAAAAGGACUCAGACGCUCCCUAAUCGGAAAUGCUUCUUGACAUCAGCUUUUCAAGGUGCCAACAGCAAAGUGGAGAUCUUCAAAAAUGAGUUCUGGUCCUCUUCUUCAGAGGCGAAGGCAGGGGAAGGGCAUAGGAGAACAAUGUCUCAAGGUCUGCCAAACUUUUCUGACUCCCAGAGGACUUCCACCUACGAUAACAUCCCUACCCUGCCAGGGUCCCCUGGGAAGGAAGCAGGUGCACUUUCUUCCCAUGCCUGUGACCCCAAAAGAGAUACUCUUUUGAAAUCAAACUCUGAAACCAGGCCUGAGACAAAGAACUCUGGAGGAGAGGAACUUGAAUCUUUGCAAAGGAUGGUCCAAGAGCUGAAAAAGGAAAUAGAAACACAGAAACAAAUGUAUGAGGAACAAAUUAAAAAUCUUGAGAAGGAAAACUAUGACGUCUGGGCUAAGGUGGUGAGGCUCAACGAAGAACUGGAGAAGGAGAAGAAGAAGUCUGCAGCCUUGGAAAUCAGCCUCCGCAAUGUCGAGCGCUCCCGGGAGGAUGUUGAGAGGAGGAACAAAACCUUGGAAGAAGAAGUGAAGGAAUUUGUCAAAUCGAUGAAGGAGCCCAAAGUCGAUGCAUGAGGAUUCCAGGAGUGAAGUGGAAGUAGCCCACCAAGGCCCAACACUGCUCCCUUUCUCUUUGCUACCUGAUGACUGGGAAGAAAAAUUACUCCCUAAGAGGAGAAGACAUUUGGGGGGAAAACAUCACAUUUCCCAGUAAAUAAACAGUGGAAUUUGCAGAAAGAUAAGGGUAAGCGGAGACACACAUGGACAUUUAUGACUGCCUGUGGCUGUAUUCAAAAGAGUUGCAUUAGUCCACUGUGGUCCCAGGCUGAGCGAAAUGGAACCAUCCUUGGCUGGUUGGCCAUGUUCAAUAGAGACACUUGAGGCAGGUCAUAUCCCAGGACCCAGGGAACAGGCUGCCCCCAACUGAGGCUGGACUGAGGCUUAGUUCUUUGUUUUCCGUGUGGAGCAACACCCCCAGUCAGAUGGCUUGGGGCAUCUCUGAGACACGGGGGCUGAAAACGGUCUUCAGCUUCUGAGUGCUCACCAUGGUUUUGAGGGGCUGCCCCUGCUGAAGCCAGAGCCCCAUUCUACCACUCCCACAAUGAUGGACCAUCUCCAGGAGCUGGAAACUAAAAAAAGUACCAGACUAAGAGAAAAUGGGCACCAAACUGUAUUUAUGAAAGUAAAAUCAGUGAGAAAAUUAUAAUCAAAUAAAGCGAAAACAAAAACAAACAAAAAAACCCCCCAGGACU